GCAGUCCCAGCAGGUUAUCAUUUACGGAGGAGAGAGAUAACAUUAGAGAGCUCGGAUGAUGCUACAAAUGACCCAUUUUCAAUGCUUUUCCUUCGCAGAUAAGCAGUGACAGAGAAAAAGUUGAGGAAUGUGGCAGAAGAACAGUUGAUCUAGACAGAUUAUUGAGGUGCCUGCAUGGUGUUCAACAAGCUAACCUGGAUAGCUAGCUAACUAGCUAGCUAGCACUCUAUUCUAAAUUGAUUGCAAAGCAAGGUGGUGAAUUCAAGUCAAUGGCAAUUUAAUGCAUUUGUUCUGUUUUGUAUCUUACAUACGGCAAUUAUAAUGGUAUUGCCCGCUAAAGGCUGUGUUUAGACGGUUAGCUUGUUGGGCUUGUAUAUGUUUCAAGGGAUGCCCUUGCUUUGGCAUUCAAAUCUUCCUUUUAUCAAUGCAGAUUAAUUUUCCAACACAUCCCGUCAGACAGAUGUGUUUACUCUGACUGUUGUUGUUGUUGCUUUCCCGACAGAGAACAUGGCAAGAAGAACAAGGAUGUGUUUGACAUUUCCUGGUAUAGUGGUUGUCUGUCUGCUUCUUCAGGUUGGCUUAGUGGAGACAGCCAAUGAAGUAGACCCAUACAAGAUUCUUGGAGUGACCAAAAGUGCAAGCCAAACUGAAAUCAAAAAAGUGUACAAGCGCCUAGCUAGGGAAUGGCAUCCUGAUAAAAACAAAAAUGAAGGCGCUGAAGAUAUGUUCAUCAAGAUUACCAAAUCUUAUGAGAUCUUAUCCAACGAGGAGAAAAGGGCCAACUAUGACCGCAACAAGGGCAGCCAGGAGUUUGCUGACAGCAAGUACGCUCUGCACUUCAACCAGUAUGUGAAUGACGUGGUGCCUGACAGCUUCAAGAGACCGUACCUGAUCAAAAUCACCUCUGACUGGUGCUUCAGCUGCAUCCACAUUGAGCCGGUCUGGAAAGAGGUUGUGCUGGAGCUGGAGGCCUUGGGUGUGGGGAUUGGUGUGGUGGACGUUGGUUAUGAGAGACGUCUGGCAAAUCACCUCGGAGCUCACCGCACCCCGUCCAUACUCGGGGUCAUCAACGGGAAAGUGACCUUCUUCCACUACGCUGUGGUGAAGGAGCACCUGAGGCAGUUUGUGGAGGACCUGCUCCCUCAGAGACUGGUUGAGAAGGUUACAGACAGGAACGACCUUCAAUUCCUGAACAGCUGGCAUGAGCAGAACAAGCCGCACGUGCUUCUGUUUGACCAAGUGCCUGUAGUCCCGCUCUUGUACAAGCUGACUGCGUUCACCUAUAAGGAUUAUGUUCAGUUUGGGUACGUGGACCAGGGUCUCUCAGAGACUGCCAACCUACUGAAACAGUUCAACAUUAACACCUACGCCCCCACCAUGCUGGUCUUUAAGGAGAGUACAGACAAGCCUGCAGACAUUAUACAGGCUAAAGGGAUGAAAAAACAAAUAAUUGAUGAAUUCAUAUUGAACAACAAGUUUCUCCUCGUCCCUCGACUGGUGAACCAGAAACUGUUUGAUGAGCUUUGUCCUGUGAAGCAGUUCCACCGACGCAGGAAGUACUGUGUCCUGCUUAUCACUGGUGAUGAGGAGUCCUAUACCAUAGGAAACCAGGCCUUCCUCUCAUUUGCCUCAACCAACACUAAGGAGGUGGUGAGAUUUGCCUAUGUCUACCAAAGACUGCAACAACCACUUUGUGAUACUCUGCUGAAGACCAAGGACAGUACACCACCACCACAGGUGUUCAUCCUGGAGCGUCGUAACGCAGCAGGGAAGGUCCUGUACAAGGAGGUGGCGGGCGGUUGGAAUGGAACCGAUAAGAAUAAACAAGGUCUGUUGGAUGAGCUGGAGAGGCUGCAGAAAGACCCCUCCAUCCUCAACUACGACGCCAUGCUGCCGGAGCUCAACAAUGAGUUUGCCUCUAUGUUUCUCAUUCGAUGGAUCUAUACAGCUUAUGAUUACCUCACUGAAAUCAUUGAUGAUAUUCUUCACAAUAAUUGGCGUGAGAUGAUGCCUCUCCUGUCGUUGAUAUUCUCUGCCUUAUUCAUCCUGUUUGGAACUGUAGUGGUUCAGGCUUUCAGUGACUCUAGUGAAGACGGCAAAUCCAAACCGAAGGCAAAAGACGGAACUAAGGCAGAAAAUGGAUCACCGGGUAGCAGCAGCACCUCAAGUCGCCCACCGAAGAAGAACUUUGUGGAGGUGACGGAGCUGACCGACAUCACCUACACCAGUAACCUGGUGAAGCUGAGACCAGGCCACAUGAACGUGGUGCUGGUGCUCACUGACGCCUCCAAGAACGUCCUGCUCAGCAAGUUCGCCAAAGAGGUCUACUCUUUCACCGGGAGCCUGACGCUCCACUUUUCCUUCUUGAACGUGGACAAGCACAGUGCAUGGAUGGAGACGCUGCUGGAGUUCGCCCAGGAUGCCAUGCAGAUAGACGCCGACGAGGACGAUGGCGCCCGCCACAAGAUAGACUACACGGGCUACGUCCUGGCGCUCAACGGCCAUAAGAAGUAUCUCUGCCUCUUCAGGCCUGUCUACACCGGGGAGGAAGGGGGGUCCUCCGAGGAGGAAGGACCCAGGGGUGCCACUGGGGGAGGGAGAAAGUCUAGGUCUGGGUCCAGAGAGGACCACCCACCACGCAGGUCUACACCCAGGUCCCGCUCCACUGCCACACUGCAGAUCCACCACAAACUGGACCGCCUGGGGCUGUGGAUGGAGAGGCUGAUAGAGGGAACCCUUCCCAGGUACUACAUCCCUGGCUGGCCUGGCCUGGACAAGAUCACCACCCCCAAAUAGGGGGGAAGAUAACAGGACUCCUACCGAAAAUCCUGAUUUGCGGACAAAACUUUUGUGAGGUUUGAAAUGAAUUGCAUGCACACAUCCUAAGUCAGGAUUCAGGCCUACAUGGACAUGUACCAAAGCUACAGUUGAAGUCGGAAGUUUACAUACACUUAGGUUGGAGUCAUUAAAAAUCGUUUUUCAACCACUCCACA